AUGGCACCAUCUUCUCCUUUCAGAAUGAGAACUCGACAGCAUGCUCGCUCAAUCAGCUUUCCAUCAAGAACCUAUCCACUCCUUCCUCAAUUGGAUGAACAGCUUAACAGACUAAAGGAAACUGGGGCAGCCUCUACUUCAUUGUCUUCUCUAGGAGAUAGGCUGAGUGGCCUUCAAGAUCUGCAUUUAUCGGUUGAUGACUUGUUAGAUAUGCCUCACAUUCAACAUUCAUUAACAACUGUCCACGAAUCCAAUAAGAAACUAGCAGAUGAUGUGCUGGAUAAAUAUAUCAAGGUCUUGGAUGCCUGCACAGCCACCAAGGGAAUUUUCUCCCAGGCCAAGUUCGAUGUGCAAGAGCUUCUUUCAUCUCUCCGAAGAAGGAAAGAUGCAACUGAUGCAUCUGGGAAGUAUUUGGCUUCCAGAAGGAAGGACAAAAAGGCAAUUCAAAUGGCUUUAAAGGAUCUCAAGAAUGUCAAGAUCUCGGAAGGAAACGAUCAAUUAGAUGCCAUUGAUUUAUUCAACAGUGUCCAAUCUGCCACAGUUUCUGUUCUUGAAUCAUCCUUGACAUACGUUAUGGGGACAAAGGCACGCUCAAGCUUGAUCUCGAAGCUAAUCCACACCGAAUGCAAGGGAGCAAACAAAAAUGAAUUUGACCAAAUAAAUGAAGCUUUGGGAGUGAUGGAUAUUGAGAGCAUCCAGAGACAGUUGGAAGAGAUGGAACUCAAAAUUCAAGAUAUUGAAGAAGGACUAGACUGCUUGUUCAAACACUUGAUCAAGACUAGAGUUUUGCUACUCAACAUGCUUAGCUACUAG